UCUCAAUACCAACAUUUGUAUUUUCUCUUUAAUAGGAAUGAGGUUGUACAAAUAGAAUAGAUGGUAAAUGUAGCACUACGAAUGAUCCACACUUCCAUCGCACUUAUGCCUACGCUAAUCGUCAUAGACUCGAAGUUGACCGCGAGGACUCUUUCGUCAUUUCCUCUCAGUAGUCACGUGCUCGCACGGUCUAUUUGUCCCCGUCCUCCCCGUCCAUCCUUUUUGCCGCUCGUCGAUCCUCUGAAAAAUUGAAGAUCCACAAACGAGCAAACAUUUUGCAGACUCCAUUACUCUACUCCGCACACCCAUUCGAUUCGAUCACUUCACCCAACCGUAGCAACUGCCUCCGAUCAUUCGAUCUUUCUAGAAACCCAGAGAGAGAGAGAGAGAGAGAGAGAGAGAGAGGGAUGGAGUCUGACGUACUCCUCAUCGAAAUCGUAGGGGAAGACGACUCGCUGCUUCAAUUGCCUCCAGACGACGCCGUUUCAAGCAGCAGCACCAACAAAAUCUCCAAAGAUGAUGCCUUUUUCUUCUGCUCGCCUCUCCAACCCCUUAGAUCCAAGCCACUCGGUUCGGGUUUUCUCUUAUACUUUCGUUGAAUCUAUGCUUCGUCUCUUGUACUUUGUUUUGGCCGUCUACGGUUUUUUUCCCCUUUCAAAAUAAAUAAUGUGGAUUCAAUUUGACCUCUGAUUUGCUCGGUAAUGCGAAAUUCGUCUGCUUAUUGAUCGAUAGUAACAGAUAUGCACAAGGCAGGUCUGAAGGUUAAGUCUAGCUCAAAUAGUUGUGAACUUGUGAUAUGACAGACAGCCAAAUUCGAUAGAUUUCCUCUUCAUGAAGAUCAAAUAUCUAUGGGACAAGAACUAUCAUGUGUUGAUCAGUGUAGCGGUAAUUGUGUCAAUAAACUGCAUGGGGAACAAGUUGAUCUGCCUAAACCUUUGACCUGUGAAGGAGAUCAAAUGGUAUGGGAAAACAGUGGUCGUUUCACCAAGGAAUGUCAAACUUCUGAAGAGAUCCAGAGCUACAGUUGUAAUUGAUUGUGGAAAAGAAAACCCGGAGAACAGGUUUUCGAGGAAUGUAGAUUGUGUAUUGGAUGGAUUCAGUACUAUACCUGAAGAAUCCCAGCAGAAAAUUACUCUUCGGUGUGUUGAAUUAAAAAAAGCAGAGGGAACUGGUGUCAGCACAAGUGAAUCAGAAGUUUCUAAAACCCUUUCUCUAAUGCCACCUGCUAUGUCAGAUUACAGGUCCAAUGAGGCAGAAAUAGUGAAGUCCCAGGACAAUUUUGCUUCAGUGUCGGAAGACAAAGCAAUGGUUGAGAGUUACAACCUUGACUCAAGGAAUGACUCUGAGUUUAAUUGCCAAGAUUGUUGUUUGGAGUUGGACAGUUUGGAUGAAGUUCAAACCAUAGGUGCAGUGACGGCUCACAAUAUGGAUGCCAGUUUCUUGGAAACUGGAGAUUUCACGUCCCAGCUAAACUUGAAUCUGCUAGUUGAAGAUACUUCAGGAGAGCCGAUUAAUUUGAUGGGUGAUAAAAUCAAUUUCAGUGGAGAGGAAAUUAGUGUGAUGAGUGCAAGUUGCUUAAAUGCAGAUGAUAGAAUCUUGAAUCAGAGUCCAGAGGUUCAUGUGAGUUCAUUUGAAGAUAGAAUCUUUUGAGUCCCCAUGGUAAGUAUAAAAGCUUGGAUGAAGAAAGUAAACAAGUUGAUGAAGGUAGCGACAUGAUUAAGGAACGAGCUCUUGGAGAUCUGCGAGAACAAAGCUCAGUCUCAAACUACGCAUGUUCAGCAGUUGUUAAUAACGUAUAUGAAGAACUAGCUGGAAAUCCUGAGCUUCAUCGUCCAAAUGUUGAUGUCAUACGAGGGUCCCAGGAUAUUAGCCCCGGGUCUUGUUUGAAUGGUACCUUGCUUUCAAACAACACUUCCUGUAAGGAUUUUGUGGAAACCGUUCACGAGGAAAUUUUGACAAAGAAAAGUGGUGCAGUACAAAAUUCACCCCCCAGCAAAUCUCAACCUCAACGGGGUCCAUGGUCUCCGGUGAAGCGAAAGGCUAAUCAAGUAAUUGGACCGUUCGAUUGUACAAAACAUACCAACAAUGGCCUCCCUACUUCUCAAUAACCUUGGAGAGUAAGAGGAGUCCAUCCACCUAAUCAUUCCAUGUCACACUAACUAAACACACCAUUCUGUUUUUUUUCGAUCCUCUCCUUUUGUUGUAGUCACUAGCUAACUAUCUGUACAGACAUUUUCCACAUUAUCUUGUUCCGAAAACAUUCAAAAUCUGGAAAUUUUCUCAUUUCUUACAUUAUACGACUAUGGUUUGCCUGCA